AGACAGACACACACACAUUCUCAUUUUUAUAUAUAUAGAUAACCAUAGUAUUAUCAGAAGACACAACAUAUUAUGAAAAGGUACAACACUACAGUCAACAGAAAAUAAUGAAGGGCCUAAAAACAAUGUUAAACCUAUACAGAGAAGGGCUCACUGUUUUUUACUUUUUCUGUUUUUUACUCUAGGCACAAGGCCCUAAAUUUUGGGGGAGGGGGCUAGUUGAUUAGAUUGACUCCAGUAUGCAACUGGUACUUAAUUUAUCGUCCCCAAAAGGAUGAAAGGCAAAGUCAACCUCAGUGGAAUUUGAACUCAGAACUUAAAGAUGGGCAAAAUACCCCUAAGCAUUUCGUCCAGUGUGUUAACAAUUCUGCCAGCUCACCACCUUAAUGUAUACGACUAUAUGACUUUCUUCAAUGGUAUAUGACUAACUUCAAUAGUAAAUCCAGUCAAUUGUACGGUAUUCCUAAGAUACACAAAAGUGAAAAAAUAAGUAAUGCAUGCAGGGGAGCCACAGGCAUUAUAGUCAAGAUACCUACUCCUAAUGACCUCAAAUUAGGACCCAUAAUAGCAGGCCCCACAUGUGAAACUCAACACCUCUGUAACUUUUUAGACACCCUCUUAAAACUAUCAAAAGCUACUUAAGGGACGACCUGGAUAUUCUCAAUCAGCACAUGCUGCACUGCUUGGCAUUUACACAAGAAGGUCCAAAAUGAACAUUCCAGAGUGUUUGGGUGUCAAUUUGAGGACAGAGCAAUCUGAGGACAUGUACCGAGAGUGAUAAGAAUCAAACAUCCAGUCAGCAUCAUGGUGUUUGGAGUGAUCACUAGUGAUGGCAACAUUAUGCCUCCAUUCAUCUUCCCACACAGUCCCACACUCAACACAGAGAUUUACAUCAAGUGCCUGGAGGAGGUAGCACAGCCCUGGGUCAAGAGGGUGGCUGCUGGAAGACCCUAUGUCUGGUAACAGGAUUCUGUACCUUGCUACACAAGCAAGAGAACCCAGUCGUAGCUGUCAGACAAUUUCUGUGAUCACAUAAACCCCUGACAUCUGGUCAACUAACUCCCCAGAUGGGUGAAGAACAAUUAAGAUGGCUAUUUAUUAAGGUGAUUAUGAGAUUUGUUGUUACCACAUAUAAAAAAUAUACAACUUUGUCGAGUUGUUUGAUGUACACAGCUUGCUUGAAGAUCUCCAGUCCAUUCGUUUCUUUAGUAGUUAGUUUUAUCUCUGCGACAACUCAAGAGAAACAGAGAGUAAAAGGAAUGUGGAUGGAUAGAAAGGAUGAUAAACCUACUCUUGCUCAUUGUUCAACAUACUGGAAGAUAUGUUGUUGGCUGAGACCAAAUUACCAAAGCAGUCGGCCGAUAUCUGGUUGUGUAUUUAUAUUCUCGCCAAUUAAAUUAGGCCCAGCCAAAACAAUAGGACUUCUCCAUUAUAUCAAGUUUGAACUGUGAUUAACUCAAAAACGUCUAGGAUGUCAAUUUAUUUUCUUUAAUCCCUUAGUACAAAAAGUCUAAGACAAUAGACUGAGGAUUUAUUUGACAAUGUGGAAAAAUGUGGAUUUGCUUUCAAAUCUCAGCUUAGGCAUUUUGUAGUUGUUUGCUACAAACACUAAUUAACAGGCUUGACUAAUCAAAAUUACCCUUGGAGAAACAACCAUGAUUGAGGUAUGUCUUUUUCAAAUGUAUUUUACAGGAAUGUUUAUGACAUUUUAAAUUAUAACUUUUACUCAAUCAUCACAAAAAUUAUGUAUAUUAUCAUUCACAUUCAUUUUUAUAUUGGUCCUGCAAUAUUUUCAUUUCAUUCUACCUUUUUUUUCUUUCUUUCUUUAUUUCUCCUUUAGUUAAACAGAAUUAUGAAACUAAAACAACGAACCCUCUUUCUACUUAUAUGUGUAUGUGGUGCAGUAACCUUCAUGCUGUUUAGCAAAUGGUAUCACAGCAAAGCAUUAGAAAGUAUAGAAGUUAGGAAAAAGAUGGUAGACUGCAGGCUUCUAUUUAGAGUAGAUCUUGACUAUGUCAAAAAGGUUAGCUUAAUAAAACAAAAUAACAAUACAGAUACCAUUUAUCAUCUGAAGAAACUUUCAGAAAAUUGUUCCAAUUUCCGUCUGCAACAUGGAUAUUUUAGCAAACUGGUUACUCAAAUGGAGCUCGAUUACCCAAUUGCAUUUGCUAUCAAAAUGUAUGACAAACCAAAGCAAUUUGAAAGAUUAUUAAGAGCAAUCUACUUACCACAUAAUGUUUAUUGUAUCCAUGUUGAUGCGAAGACUGAUAACAGUGUAUUUGAACUGAUAAAAAGCAUCAGCAUGUGUCUACCAAAUGUUGUACUUGCAGAGAAUCGAAUAAAUAUUGUUUAUGCUACAUUUAGGCAUUUACAAGCUGAACUAGAAUGCAUGAAGGCAUGCAUCAAAUCAAAUGUAAAAUGGAAAUACUACAUAAAUCUUACUGGCCAAGAAUUUCCAUUGAAGACAAACCUGGAAUUAGUUGAAAUUCUGAAGAUUUUCAAUGGAACGAACGAUAUUGAAGCAUACAAGCACCCUAAAACUUUAGAUUGGCGUGUAAAAAAUAAGAUAAAAAUCAAUGAGAAAUCACUGAGUAUAACAAAUGAAAGCAAACUACCAUUGAAAUAUCAAAUACAGUUGUAUAAAGGAAGUGCCUAUGGGAUGUUUUCACGAGACUUUGUUGAAUUUGUCUUGGAAGAUGAUGUUGCAACGACCAUUCUUAAUUGGAUGAAUGAUACAUACUCACCAGAAGAAAAUAUCUGGUCAACUCUUAAUUCCCUAGAAUUUGCCCCAGGUGGCUCUGGUGGCAUUGAAAUCCGACAUGAUAAACAUCACUUUGCCUCAAAAGCUGUGAUAUGGGACUGGGAUCCGGUUAAAUGUUUCGGUAAAUCAAUACGUAGUGUUUGUAUUUAUGGUAUAGGAGAUCUUCCAUGGCUCAAAAGCCGUCCCCAAAUAGUAGCCAAUAAAUUUGACGAAGAUACCGAUUCUAUUGUCUUAGACUGUUUAGAAGAGUUGUUAACAAACAGAAUGCUAAUCCAAAAUGAUGAUCAGCUCAACUGGCACUAUUAUCAUAAUCUUCCACAUGUCAUGCAUAAUGCAAAACUCAAAGCCAAUGAAAAAACAAAAGAAUUCCUGCAAAGCAAGAAAAGAAAAUGGCUUUUGCAACAAGAACAAUUUCUUAAACCUGUGACAAAGAGACAGAAUAUUACAGUAGCAAAACAAUGAGCCAAAAAGUCUGCGUGAGUUGGAAAAUGGUAGCAUAGUUAAAUUUAUAAAUCACUAACAAGCAGAUACUAGCAACAACAACAAUAACAAUUUUUCCCAAUUUUGGUACAAGAUCCAUUCUUACUCCUGAAAACUUAACUUUUGUGUCCAAAAAUUCAAUGCUAGCAUUUGAAAAAUAAAAUGUAAAUUUUAUGUUAGUCUGAGUUUUUGGCAUAACAGUCACAGAAACACAAAAAGUCAAUUAAACUAUUGAGUGACAGAGUUAUUUUGCCAUCCCACACCAUCCCACUUUUACCUCCACCACCGCUCCAAUCAUCCACAUCAUAGGAUUUGAUCAAAUCUUAAAUACCAAUUUUUGAGGAUAAAACGGAUUUGUACGGAUUACUGGAACCAUGCAAAUGCUUUUGUACAUCAUUUCACUGGCAUUUCAAAAGUGUUACAUGAAAGUUAUCAACAUCUUGUGGAAAAAUAUUAUCAUUUCAAACAAAUGUUUCAUGUCACCUAUGGUAGCCUCUAAAUACAAUAAAAAUAUAAGAGAAUUAUUAACCUCUACUUCUGACUCCAAGAAAACCAACAUUGGAGUUUCUUCUGCACACUGUACCUUGAAAAACAGCCGCAAGAGAGGUAAGACCUGUUCAUUGCACAACAACAUGAGUCAAGUGAAUUCCAUCAGGAAUCAUAACAGAAAUGUUAUGAUUUACGCGGAAGGUGGGACGUGUAGAGAUUCCUAUUUGGUGUACGCAGCAGAAUGCAUGAAACACAACUUGAUUUAUGUUGGUUGUACAACAGAAUAAUUAAACAAAGGAUUUAAUGGGCACAGAUUCGACAUCAGACACAAUAGCAGUAGUUUGACAGAACCUGCCAAACAUUUUGCAUCAAUUUUGGAAAAGACUUCAAAAAUGCCUAUUCUCAGAAAAACAUUCUGAAUCUGCCACACUUUCAGUUCUCAAAAUGCAUGAGGAGAAAUAUAUUUGUGAAUUGCUAACAUCAUGCUUUGAUGGAAUGAAUAAAAUGACAGGGGAAUUUCAUCAUAUUUAUAAAAUCUGUUUGAUUAAAUAUUCUUCCUUUUA